UACAAUCUCUCACGUCUGCCGGAUAUUAUGACAUAGAGGUAGUAUAAAGUACAUACACCGGUAUCAGCACAUGCGCACUCUUCCUCUCUCGUGCUUCUCAUCAAUCGCCGCAUUUUCUGCGACAUCUCCAACAUGAAACCGAUAUUACUUCAUGGACACGAGCGGUCCAUCACGCAAAUCAGAUACAGUCGAGAAGGAGAUUUGAUUUUCUCUUGUGCAAAAGACUCCACACCAAAUGUCUGGUUUUCCCUCAACGGUGAACGCCUGGGAAGCUACCGUGGACACAAUGGUGCUGUUUGGUGUCUAGAUGUGGAUUGGUGCACCCAGAAAUUAUUGACUGGUUCAGCUGACAACAGUUGCCGUUUGUGGGACUGUGAAAAAGGUGUUGCGUUGGUCACUAUUCCAACUAGCACAGCUGUGAGGACCAAUGGAUUCUCAUACAGUGGUCAGCUGAUUAUGUUCUCCACAGAUACCACCAUGGGCCAUCAAUGUACCAUACACAUAUACGACAGUAGAGAUGAUUCACAAAUCACAAACUGCAAGCCUGCGAGAACCGUAGAAGUUAGUGAUUCCAAAGUUACCUGUGGCCUGUGGGGCCCUUACGACGAAUACCUGAUAACAGGCCAUGAAAACGGAGAAUUGAGACACUAUGAUAUUAAGACUGGUGAUCAAGUUCUCACCGUUGCUGACCACAAGCGAUCAAUUAACGAUAUUCAAGCAUCACUGGAUCAAACCAUGAUAAUUACUGCUUCAAAGGAUAACACUGCCAAGCUCUUUGAUUCGAGUUCCUUACAAUUGAUGAAGACCUUCAGAACAGAACGCCCGGUCAAUUCAGCAUCCAUGUCAUCAUUGAAGGAACACGUGAUCCUUGGAGGUGGACAGGAGGCUAUGGAGGUGACCACCACAUCAGCCAGGGUGGGUAAAUUUGAUGCCCGGUUUUUCCACUUGAUAUUCGAGGAAGAGUUUGGCCGUGUCAAAGGACAUUUUGGACCCAUAAACAGUGUUGCCUUCCAUCCCGAUGGCAAAAGUUUCAGCAGCGGUGGUGAAGAUGGUUACGUGCGAGUGCACUACUUCGACCAAUCUUAUUUUGACUUUGAAAUGGAGAUUUAAUUCUUUUAAGAAUCUGUGGAGAAUAAUGGCUGCAAUAAAGUUAUGUUUACAUCA